GAUGAGGUGCUGAGAGACACGACGACUCUUCCCGACUGAUACAACCAUGCUAUGUUUGUAGGUAUAGGGGGGAACACGCGACAGGGAUAUACGUGAAAUACGCACAAGUAAUUAAAACAGGAGAUUCUGCGUCGCCCGAAUUCCAUUAAAUGUUAUAGCGGUCAUAUAAAGCACACUCUGCUUUACCCGCUGCUGGAAACCCAAAGCUGUACAUGGCGGUGGAGAAAAUCUGGUUCUUCUGUCUACUUUAUCUGGGUUACUGUGGAUUAUCCUCGCAAGAGAAGCCCUUGUCAGUGGAACUGAGCUGCGGUGCUGGUCCGUUCCAUGUGGUUCUGGAGCCUGGGAACCCACUGCUGCUGGACUGCCACCUGGGGGCCAGUGAGCCCCCACUCAACGUGACCUGGCUACAGGAUGGAUUGGUCUUCUCUGAGAGUCAGACCAUCCGGCCUCUGCCCAAUGGCUCCCUGCUCAUUCUGCCCUCCUCCAUGGAUAUUCAGGCUUCAGCAGGUGUGGAGGGCGGGUACAGCUGCCUAAGUACCAGCUCAACAGGAGCCCUGACCAGCCGAGCUAUCACCCUGCAUCUUGCCAGCUUGUCCCAUUUUCUGCAGGAUCCUGAACCUCAGGUGGUGUCUGUAGGAGGCACUGCACGGUUUGAGUGCUAUGCUGAUGGCAUGCCCACCCCAAGCAUCACCUGGGAGAAGAACCAGACACCUCUACCUGCACCAGCUGAAGAGCCAUCCAGGUACAUAUCUCUCCCAAACGGGGUGCUGCAUAUUUUAGGGGUCACAAAGGAAGAUGAAGGAUCAUAUCGUUGUGUGGCCUUCAACUCUGCCAGAAAGCGCUUCAGCCAAGUUGCAUCACUCACUGUCAGCCCAGGUUUGUCUAAGGAGAGUGACGUGAUGAUUGUUGCUCCACCGCGGAACUCCACGGUAGUCUUGGGUCGCCCGGCUGUGUUGGAGUGCAUGGCUCAGGGUGAGCCAAAACCCUUUGUUUCCUGGAGCAGGCAGGAUGGGAAGCCUAUAGCUACUGAUGUGGUUGUCCUGGCAACCAACCUAGUGAUUCCUGACACCCGCCGUCACCAUGCUGGAGUGUACGUGUGUCGUGCCAACAAACCCAAGACCAGAGAUUUUGUCUCAGCUCCCGCUGAGCUUCGAGUACUGGCUCCACCAGUUAUCCUCCAGCCCCCAGAGACAGUGUCUCUGUCCCGGGGUAAUACAGCUCGGUUUGUGUGUAAUAGUUCUGGUGACCCUCUCCCUGCACUCCGCUGGUUGAAGAACGGAGAACCAGUCCAGUCUAAUGCCCGGGUUAAGACUCAGACCCCUGGAGUUCUGCUCAUCAACCAGCUACGUCUGGACGAUGCUGGAUACUACCAGUGUAUUGCUGCAAAUAGUCUGGGCACCGCCUGUGCCACUGCCAAACUCUCAGUGAUUGUGAGGGAGGGGUUGCCCAGCCCUCCCCGGCAUGUGUCUGCCACACCCCAAUCUAGCACUUCUGCAUUGCUCACCUGGGACCCACCGGAACACAACAGUGACCAGAUCAUAGGCUUCUCAGUCCACUACCAACGCACGACGGGCUCAGACAACAUGGAGUAUCAAUUUGCAGUGAAUAACAAUACUACAGAGCUGCAUGUAAAGGAGCUGCUCCCUCACACAGCCUACACCUUCUAUGUAGUGGCUUACUCGCCCAUGGGGGCCAGCCGCCCAUCACAGCCCAUUACCGUGGAGAUGCUGGAGGAUGUGCCUAGUGCUUCUCCGCAGCUGUCCCUGCUGAGCACAUCUCCCACUGACAUCAGAGUGAUGUGGCUUCCCCUUUCCUCCCAGCUCAGUCGCGGAGACAUCACACGCUACCGCAUAGACUACAGAGCACUGGAGCAUGAUUACAUAUACUCUGUGGAAGUGGAUGGGAAUGAGACACAGGUGACUCUAAGAGAUCUGAAACCAAAUCAAACAUACCAGCUCCGGAUAGCGGCAGGAACACGCGCUGGGUUCAGUCAGCAUUCUGAGUGGGCCUCGCACCACACACCUAACCUUACUCAGGUGCUCUUUGCUCCAACUGAGCUCAAAGUGAGAGCCAAAAUGCAUUCCCUCCAUGUCACGUGGCAGCCACCACCCAAUCACACUCAAAUCACCGGCUACAAGCUGUCCUGGUGGGAGGUGGAUGGAGAGGAGCUGGCCAAUGAGGGGAAACCUGUAAUCAAUGAAAGGAGCCAGGGGGUUCAACAAAUCAAACUGCGGAAGAGAGUUAAACACCAUGAGGUCACAAGCCUUGCUCCUGAUCGGCUAUAUGAGGUGAAGGUUUGGGCAUUUAAUAAACAGACUGAAGGUUAUCCUGCCGUAUGGAAGGGCAAAACAGAGAAACUCACAGAUCGAGUGUGGACUCCAAACUCUCUCCCGCCAUUGCCGCCCAUCAGCAUCAGAGCUCGUGCCAACAGUUCCACCUCUAUCUGGCUACGCUGGGAGAAACCGCACUUUAGUAAUGUGCACAUCAUUAACUACACUAUACGCUGCAGCCCCGCAGGAAUACGGAAUGCAUCGCUGGUCUCGUACUAUACCAGCUCUUCUCAGGAGAAAUUGAUGGGAUCACUAAAGCCCUUUACCAGCUAUGAAAUCGCUGUGCAGUCUAAUGGAGUUGAUAUGAGCGGCCCCUUCAGCAGCAUAGUGGAAGAGUCCACACUGCCAGACAAACCGUCCUCUCCUCCAAUGGAUUUGGAGUUGAGUGCACCAAACUCAUUCUCUGUUCUGGUGAGUUGGCGCCCUCCACUGGAGCCAAAUGGUAUAAUUUUAACCUACUGGAUCCUCUACACUGGCAACAUCAGCCAUCCAGACCAUCUAUGGAUAAACCUCACACACGAUGGUUCUGUCACCAAAACAGAGGUCCAGGGCCUGAUGAGUGGGACCUGUUACUAUUUUAAGAUGGGGGCCUGCACUAAAGUGGGGGUGGGACCAUUUUCAUCUGUGAAGGAUGUAAAUACUCCACCAAAGAAAUACGAGCUGGAUGUCCAUGCUGUGACUGGUAUCAUCGUUGGAGUGUGUCUUGGGCUGCUCUGCAUCCUGCUCUGCAUGUGUGUCAGUUUCCACAAUGGAAAAACACGGGAUGUAUCUGGUGGACUAGAAUCCAGUUCUUUAAGUCCUCAGUACAGGAGGGGUACCCGUCCAAUGCCUGCUGCUGCGCCUGAGUGCAGUGACUGCCAUGAGCUGGAAACCCUCAUGCCCCCAAGUGCACAAGACACCACCAGACCCAUCACAGAGCCCAGCGAGGAGCAGAGUCUUAUGGGUAAUGUGGAAAUGAAUGAUGAUGCCCCUUCAGAAUGCAAGCCAGUCUGGAAUGGAUCUGUUAGUCGGAACUGGGCCAAUAGGAUCACCAGGUACAGAGAUACUAUAACUGAAGAUUCUUCUGCUCUCAUCAAUGGAGCCCUAGAGGGACCAGCAUCAGAGAACAGUAAGAGCGGGCAUGUGGAGAGGCUGUAUUCCCUCAGCAAGAACCAGGUGGAGGCUGAAGUCAUCGUGCAUUCACAGCUAUCCAAUAAGACAGUUGGCCCGGGUCCACAAAGUGACAUGGAGCUCUGUCUUGAGUCUCCAUCUUCCCAGCUUCCUUCUCCUGGAGAGGAGGUGACUCCAUUUUCCCCUUGCAAACAGCAUGCCACUCCCCCUCCACCCUGCCCCCUAAGGGAGGACAACCUUGAAACUCAAUCUCCUUCUCCAAACCCCAGCACUCACAUCUUUGAGGUACUGUCCAAUCACAAUGGACCAUUAGAGAGUGGACUCAGCCAGCCAACAGUGGGCGGUGCCAAAAACCAAGAAGUGGGGCUUACUAAUGGUUUCCACUCACCCAAACCCCUUCGGUUAAAGGCAGAAUCCCUAGAGAAUGGGGCCCAAAGACUGUGCCCCGCAGGAAAGGUUCUGUCCACACCAGGUCUCCCCCCUUCCCCCUCAUCCUUUGCCAGCUCUGGCCUUGUUCAUUCUACCUCAGGGGCACAUAACUACCUGUACCCCUAAGCUGGAAGGAAGAGAAGCGAGAAAAAAGUGUUUCCCACAUUCUGGGACAGCUAAGGAGAAAAAUGAGCCAACUUCAACAGCACCUUCCUGCUGUAGAAGUCUUGUAGCCACGCAUGCCUCAUCUCUUGGCUCGGAUUUAUUGCAACCUCUUUGGUUCCAUUAUUUUAUAUGGAUGUAUAUAUAGAAUAUUUUUAUAGCACUUAGUAUCCAUGGGUAUGCACACUUUAAUCCCUCAUUGUGUGCAAGAACAGUAUGUUUACAUGCACACAUGAAGUGUUUAUACUCUGAGGUGAAGCUAAAGGAUCCUGAGGCCAGCACCAGUGAGAAUGCAACCCUUGAAAAAAACUAAUUCAUGGGCGAAUGUAAUUGAUUGAUCCGAGAUUAGUGCUAUCAGUGCCAGCAGGUGUAGACUCAUCCUGUCAGAGAGAGCCCAUAACCCUGCCAGAACGUACCAGCUCCUGCUGUCUCAGGAUCGCCACACACACACACACACACACACACACACACACACACACACACACACACACAUAGUCCUGUACUAUAGAAAUGGUUCUUCCUCUUUAACUUGAUCAGAUAGAUAGGUACAUCUCCACAUACACACACAAACACACACACACACACACACACACACACACACACACAAACCUGAAUAGAAUACAAAUAAAUACAGACAUUCCCUGACUGGAGCUUAGUGUCUCAGGAGUCUAAAUUGUAAGGUGCAUUUAUUACGGUUUGUAUAUACAGUAUAUAUGUACUGUAUGAUUACUGUAUUGAAUACAUGUAGAUAAACGUGACACAAUGAAGAAAAACAAUUUGUGAAGGAAAAGAACAUAAGGAACACUAAGAGUCCAUGUAAAUUUUUUAUAAUUUCAACUCUGUGGAAGGAGCCCUGAGUGUACUUGUAAAGACAUUACACUGAUUCAUGCUCCAAGUUUUUUCUCAGUCAACAACACUACCUCAUUUCCUUGCAGGAUUGUUUGUUUCUGUGUGCAUUUAUGAGUAUCAUUAAGAAGGCAACUUCUUAAAUCUGGUUUUUGAACCAUCAAAUUCAUAGCCUUUGAUAAUAGCAGAAUCUACUGCCUUUGUCACUCUCUGUGUAUGCAUUCUUUUGUAAUGGUUACUGAAACCUUUAUGUAUGAUUAUUAGUCUGUGAGUAAGCAUAUAGUCAUCGGCUUGUACAGUCCUAUCUUUGCUAUGAGGGGAAAAAACUUGUUCAUUUUGACACAACAGUUUGGCAAUAUACCCUUCAAUAAUCACAUGGUUUAACUGAAGUAUAGGUCUCUGCAGAACAGUAAUGUGUGUUUCCAUAUCUGUGGCAUUUUUCAAACUGGAAUGGGUGUUUUUCAGCUAUCCAAUGAAGGAAGAGAAUUACAAUGUAGUAGGCAAAUCGUGUGAAGCCGUUUAAAAUGCCCACCUGGUUUGAAAACGCCCACUGAUUGAGAAACACCCAUUUUUGUUCUGCAGAGACACAAGUCUCAUAUAACCGGAGAUCUCAAGGAUUGUGUCCAUAAGAUCUACCUGUUGAAAUGCCAGUCAUCUCUUUUUCUCAGGGAGCUCUAUGCAGGGAGUCUGAGAAGAACAUUUUCAGUCAAACUAGGAAAUAGCCUCCAUCUCUCAGACAUGUCUUUUCUCAUUCAAUGUUAUUUUUCCUUCGGCCUUGUGUCUGUCACCUUAUUGGGUUCAUAUGGAUUAACCUUUGUUCUCCAUGCAAACACAUAUUUGUAAAGAAUUGUUGCUGAGAGCAGGAUCCGUAUCUGCUGCGCUUCUUUCUUAUGCAUUUUUAACACUUAUUUAAAGUAGUUUAUUUUAAGGAAACAUUUGCGUAUUUGUAUGAGAAUAUUGUUAUAUUAUAAAAGGUUUAAAGGAAUAUUUCGUGUUCAAUACAAGUGACAGCAUUUGUGGCAUAAUGUUGAUUACCACAAAAAAAAAUAUUCCUUUUCUUUAUAAAAUCAAAAAUCGAGGUUACAGUGAGACACUUACAAUUGAGGUGAAUAUGGCCAAUUUUUGGAAUGUUUAAAGGCAGAAAUGUGAAGUUUAUUAUUUUAUAACAUUUUUAUGAAGGGACAUUAAUUCUUCUGUUACAAGGCAUGUAUAUUUGAGCUGUAAAGUUGUUUAAAUCAUCGUUUAUAUGUUCGUUAUAGGGUUUACGAUGUUAUGUAGUCAUGGCAACAAAGUUGUAAAAUUGGAUAUAACUUUGCACAGAAAAGGUUAGUAAAUGAUUUUAUCUCACUAAAAUCAUGUUAAUGUGCAUAUUGUUAUGUCUUGUAGCUAUACUUUUUAAACACUGAACAUUUAUGGAUAAGCCUCAUUCACUUCCAUUGCAAGUCCCUCUCUGUAACCCAGAUUUUUACUGUUUUUAGAAAAGGAGAGAAAAGUUUAAAUACAUUUUUUGUGGUAAUUACUGUAACUUUAUGCCAAAAAUGCUGUUGGUUAUGCUUAAAUUGUAUUGAACGCAAAAUGUUCAUUUAAAAAAAGCAACCAUCGAAAAAACAAACACAAAGGCUCAGACUCUUGUUACCCAUAUUACAUCAGGUCAUUGAAAGGACUGCCCAUGAUCCAAGACAACACUCACUGGCAGUUCAGUCUUGUCAGUCUCAGUCAUUGCCAACUUUCAGCUGAUUGUCUUUGAUAUUACUCCUAGUUCAGCUCAAUAGUGCUUUGGUGCUAGAGCAAGACUAGUUUUUUUUCAAAAUGGUCUUUUAAACAUUCCAGUUUUUGUAUGUACAGCAGGCCAAACUCAGGGCGGUUUAUGUAGGAAAUUAAGAAUGUUUGAAUUACUUCACCUACUUUUUAGCAGCAUAAUUCAAGUGGCCAGUCAGCAACAUAUCCUUGCUCUGUAGAACUUCUGUUUUCAAAGACAUAAGGCCAUUGUGUAUAUUCAGUACUUUAGACUCCCUGCUUUUUACUGAGAUUUGAACAUACAUAUUCAUUACACUUCCUACUAGUUCAGUAUGUUUGUAUUAGAGUUAAUGCCUUAAAAGUGGUUAUUGCUUAUAUGGUUUAAAUGUUCAUGUAUACGGUUUUCAUUGCAACAAAAGUUAUUCUCAACAUGUACAGUAUACAUGUUUGUGUUGUAUUCAAAAUGGCCAUUAUUAUCUUAUAGUCUUAUGCCAGGUACAUGCAAAAUGACAUCAGAUUUUUGUGUUCAGCAUAACCUACCUCCAGCAUUGGAAUGUGUGGGGAAAAUUCAUUGAUCUCUAUUUUUACUUCUGUCUGAAAAUAAGGAAAUUGUGUUAUGCCGGGGUUAUCAGACACUUUCACUGUUUAUGUCUUGUCACUAUCAGAUAUGCAUUUGUUUUCAUAAACCACAUACCCUCUUCAGAAUAAUUUAUAAUUCAAAAACCUAAUUUGCUGCUUGUUAAUUUAAGUACAGUUAUAUCUUCAACAUUGCCCAUAAAGAUUCAGUUGUUCUGAUCCGGUUUGGCAGCGGUGGUUAUUUUUUUUAUUUAAAUGGAUGAGCUGAUUGUUUUUUUUUUGCCUCACGUUGAAGCUCUGCUUCAGGCAGAGCUCCACUCUAUUUCUAUUUCUUGCUCCACUCUAUUCAGGAUGGCAAUGUCAGAGUGUGGAAACGACAGGGAGGAGUUGUGAAUUUGCGUAUGUCACAAUAGUUCUGUAGGAUGUUUGCCGAUGAGGAUCAGGGGUUCCCUUGUUGAGCCAUACCUCUCAAAACAGACACAAGAUUAUAUAGCUCUGUCUUUAUAAUGUGCGUAUGAUCAGUGCUGAUUGCUCAGGUUCCCUGUCUUUGCAUAAAACGUUUGGGAGGAACAUUCUAGCUUACUCUAAUGUAAGGUGAGUUGGUGCAUAUAAAACCUCAUCUGUCCUCCUGGAAAAUAAAGGCUUUAAUGAUAGGGAAAAGCAACAACAAAUAGAAACACUGAUGGACAGGCAUGCUUUUUGUUUUAAAUAAAUCUUAUGCCUGUUUUCCCUUUGGUGCUUUGUGGUGUCCCAGGCUGGUGAUGUGAGAAUUCAUCCUGCUUUCUACCUUUUCAAAACCAGCAGACCUGUGCGUUUCCACUUAACUAUUACGAACUACAGAGAUUUGUAUAUCAAGUUCCUACAUUGUGACAUAUUUUACCACUCUGAUGAGUCUCUCACAGUAUUUAAGAAUUCUUUAAUUGACUCACUUAAAUUGGAUUUAAUGCUUUUAACAGGAACAAUUGUCCCCUCUGAAUUAUAGAUGCAAUGAAAUUACAAAUGUAGGUAAUCAUACUGUAUCUUAUAUGUGAACUGUGAAGGGUGGAGUCUCAUUUCAGUGGAGGAUAUUAUAUUAUAUUGGACUAAGUAAAUAUAUAUCUGAAUAAAAAUAAAAG